GUCAACCCUGCACAGAGCUUCCCAUUCGAGCCUGGCUUCCCUUUUUUUACUUCAGCCUCAGAUAAUAAUUCAUACCAUAACCUAACACUUUUGGCACAUUUUUUUUAUCAUCUUUUGGCUGCAGCCUCUCUCAGAUGCAAGCAGUGAUGUGACAUCUUCAGAGGGUGGAGAAAUGAAAGAGGGCAUGUAGGAGUGAGAGAGGAAGAGAAAUUUACAGGAUAUCGGUGUGCUCUGCAUGCAGGAGUGUGUACGUGUAGUUUGGUCUUGGAGGUGUUGGAGUGUGCAGUGUCUUUUCUCAGAGGCAUGAAGCUGGAAUCGCACAUGCUACACUGAGAGAGAGAGACAGAGAAAAGGAAAAAGAAGAAGGAACAGGCCUGUGUAAAACUUCCGGCCCAGAUUCACCCAAGAUUACCUCUGUAAAACACCAACCACACAAGGAACAAGUAAAAAAGAUGAAUUUUUUUCUGCCAACAGUUUCCCCUUAAAAUAUAGUCAACAGUUUUUGAGGCAAAAAUUGUUUCUCCAGAGACAAUAUCAGGUCACCUGAACACUUAGGUUGCCCAAACACUGAAAUUGUUUUAGGAAGCUUCUAGUUUGAGUGAUGUUUUCAGGCAGAAUGCUCACUAGGAGGCUUGUUUUGGGUAAUUUGCUUCUGUUUCUAGCUCUCGGACUCAGUUUCAAGUCCACUAAUGCACAAGAGACAACAACAGAGAUAAAUGAAAAGACCACCAUCAUCCCAUUACCAAAAAAUGACACUAUGGAGUCAUUGUUAAGUUCUGAAAUCACCAGCGCCGCACCUGAAUAUACAGUUACUCAACUACAGACAGAAGCGGAUCUGGAUAAUCCAGAAACAACACUUAUUAAUGACACAAACACCAUGUUUGAGGAACCAACAGGUGAGAGUACUCCACCACUGAGUACUAAACAAACAUCACCAGAAUCUGUUCCUGAAUCAACAAUUGUACAAACGAAGCUGACCUCAGUGACCACCCCAACUUUGUCCACCUCUACUUUGUCCACCUCUACUUUGUCCACCUCUACUUUGCCUGUUAAUGUGGAAACAACAGUGAUUGAACAGAUAACUUCAGACACCCCAAGCACAAAUCAGUAUGAAACAACUGUUGGCUUCACCUCUCCCGAGUCGACCAGUCCUACAGAACGUCCUACAGAUGAACUCACCACAGCAGCUGUGGCCAUGACUACUGAUUCAUCAGAAGCCCUCAAUACUACAUCCAUCCUGACCACACCACCUGCAGACUGGACUGAGUCUCCAUCCACCAUCUCCUACCCCGUGGACAACAGCACUGAAACCUCCACCACAACUUCAUCAACAUCACCAUCAGCAUCAACAUCAGCAUCAGAAUCACCAUCAAUAUCAGCAUCAGCAUCAACAUCAGCAUCAAUAUCAGCAUCAACAUCAGCAUCAGAAUCACCAUCAAUAUCACGGCGAAGGAAAACCGCCUCAAGGAAUUUCAGCCCCAUGUACACGAAUGGACAAAGUAAACGGGUCAAAAAGAAAAAAGGGGUGGAGGAUGAUGCGUGGGCGGGGCCCGUCAGAAUGGAGGUGGGGAAUGAAUGUGACGCUUUGGUACAGGAGGGUCUAAUGUCUAAUAAUGGGAAACAGGAUGGAGAUGAUAUGGUGUUCAGCACAUUCACUGUUCUGGAUGCAGGACAUGCAUCUAAUGGUCUAGUGGGUGGGGGCGGUCCCACGGAGGCUGAGAAACUGGACGAGGAGGAGCCUCUGUUUUACAUAGAUGAGGAUGUGGAUGAAGACAAGACUGGACAAACACUGGAAGAGAGCGAGAAACAGAAUAGAGUUGAAAAAAGGGAAGUGAAGAAGAUGAGCGAAGGAGAAACGUUCUGUCUCACCACAGCUGUCUGA